CUCCCCGCGCCGGUGGAAUGAGUGCAGCAUGCAUCGGAGAGAAAUUCAACUGCGUGCACACAGAGACGAAGGCAACCCGCAAGGAUUAUAGCAACCGCACUUUCUGCACAUUUUUUGGACUAAGAGUAGCAGGGAAACAAGAAGACACGUGGGUUUCCAGUAGUGUGAUAUCCGGCUAGUUUGCGUUGCAAUGGAAUAUGCACAUCAAACGCUCUCAUCUAAGGAGACAGAUGAGGACAGGAUGAGUAAGACACCACCUAACAGAAGAGGAAUAACCUUUGAAGUAGGAGCGCAACUAGAGGCCAGAGACAGCCUCAAAAACUGGUAUGCUGCCAACAUAGAGAAGAUCGACUAUGACGACGAGAAGGUCCUGAUUCACUACCGUCAGUGGAGCCAUCGUUAUGACGAGUGGUUUGACUGGACCAGCCCCUACCUGAGGCCCGUGGAGAGGAUCCAGCUGAGGAGGCAGGGACUACAGGAUGACUGUCCUGUCCCUGUAAGCCAUGGAUUCCACGUGCAUGACAAGGUUCUAGCCAGUUGGUCUGAUUGCCGUUUCUACCCUGCCAAAGUGUUGUCAGUGAACAAAGAUGCAUCCUACACUGUCAAGUUUUAUGACGGAGUAGUCCAGACCGUAAAGGAGAUUCAUGUAAAGCCAUAUGUUAGAGGGCAAAGAGAAGUAGGAGGGAAGCCUGGAUCCGCUGACAGGAACAGAGCCAGAAAGCCCCGGAACAAGAGAGACAGGAGGCCUCAGGAGAACGGAGGCUUGAAGAGGAAGAGAGCCAGACGCAGCACUUCUGAUCAGGAAGACGACAGCAACACGGAGGACGAGGAUGAUGAGGAUGAGUGGGAGGAGAGAGAAGGAGAUGAGAGCUGCAAGAGGAAUGACAGUGACGAAGAUGGUACCAAAGAGAGAGAGGUUCCAGUGAAGCAGGAGGAGGGUGCCCAGGAAGCAGAACAGAACCACCUCAGGGAGCCAGCGAAAGAGACUGAGCACCUAAAUGGCGUGAAAGAAGAGGGGGAGAAUGGGCAAAGUGAAGGACAAUACAGUCAUCUUUUGAAUGGAGGAAUUAAGAAAGAGGAUGUCGAGAUGAUGUCUGAAAACAAACCCCAGAUUGAUGAAAGCUCGCAUGAUGAAACUAAGCCAUCCACUGAAUCACCCAAUCAGACAUCACAAACAGUGCCUGGCACUGUGGUAUCCAUUGCAUCCACCAAUGAAAACAAGGAACAGGAGGUAGCCACCCAACCAGACACCUCUAAAGCAGAGGUGCAACCAGCCCCGAUAGUAAAACCCGUUAGAAAGCAGGGGUUUCACAACCCCAACCGCUUCAGCAGGGAACCAUUGUACAGAGUCAUCAAAAACCAGCCUCCACCAGUCUUGUCCAUCAAUCUGGACCACAACCCAUUUAAAUGCAGCUCUCCAGGAUGCACUAAGUCCUUCCGCAAGGCCAAACUGCUGCACUACCAUAUGAAGUACUACCACGGGGAGGACCAGCCUCUGGAAGACCUCAGCCCCACCCGAAGUGUCCAGACCCGGGCCUCAGACAAGCAGACGUUCCCCAAUAACCUGGAGAGCCCCAAAAGGAGGCGCACCAUCUCUGCUUCAAUGUACUCCACAGUGCAUAAUCCCUACGUAGUUCCACCAUCUCCUCGCGGUGAGGUGAAGUCAGCGGGCCGGCGCACGUCAGCUCCCCCUGCUGUCACCACCCAGGGCCAGCAGCAGAGGGCGCUGCAGAGGGAGAAGAGCAAGGAGAAUCAGCUGGACAGGAACGGAUGUAAAUCACUGGAUGGCGAGAAGAGUGGUCUGGAUGUAGUGCUGGUGAAAGAAAGAGACAGACUUAAAGAUAAGAAACCAAAAGACUUCCUCCGCAUCAAGCUCAAGAAAAAGAAGAAGAAAAAGAAGUCUAAAUCUGAGCACACAGGUAGUGAGGAGAAUAUUGACAUCUCAAUAUUGGGUCUUCAGUCCAAAUUGAAUUUGCCUCUCAAAUUCCCCCUCUCACACAAUCACAAGUCUGAGGCAUACCUCUGCAGGCCAGGAUACAACCAGUCAGAGCAGAUUCACAUGAAUGAUGAGGAUAGUGUCAGUGAUUGGUCGACUGACAGCUGUGGGUGGAGUGAGGAGGAGUAUGGGGAGGAGUUGGAUGUUACUACGCCGCCACUGAGUCUGGACUCUGUUACCUUGGAAACAAGUGACCAGGAGAUAGUGCGCUGCAUCUGUGAGGUGGAAGAGGAGAAUGACUUCAUGAUACAGUGUGAGGAGUGUCUGUGCUGGCAGCAUGGCACCUGCAUGGGCCUGUUAGAGGAGAAUGUUCCAGAUAAGUAUGCCUGCUACAUCUGCAGAGACCCACCAGGUCAGAGGCAAAACCUGCGCUUCUGGUAUGACCGCGAUUGGUUGAGCAGCGGUCACAUGUACGGCCUGUCCUUCCUGGAGGAGAACUACUCCCACCAGAACUCCAAGAAGAUUGCUGCCACCCACCAGCUGCUGGGGGAUGUUCACCAUGUGGUGGAGGUGCUCAACGGACUCCAGCUCAAGAUGAGCGUCCUACAGAGCCAGACCCACCCAGACCUGCGUCUCUGGCGCCAGCCCUGGAAGCUCACAGAGAGGCCCUGGAAGAGGGGAGACUCGUAUUCGGGGACAGACACGGUGCCAUCUCCCAUGGCGACGGAGGAGGAUCGGGCCCACAGUGAGGUGUUGUCUGCCGCUCUGGAGAAGCUCAGCAGAGCCACCUCCUCCUCGUCCUCCUGCUCCUCGCCCUACCAGUCCUUCCAGGACUCUUACAUCAGCAGCGAGCACUGCUACCAGAAGCCGCGGGCUUACUACCCUGCUGUGGAGCAGAGGCUGGUGGUGGAGACCCGCCGGGGCUCGGAGCUGGAGGACAGCCUGAGGAGCACCGAGGACCUGCUGGAGAGGGAGCAGCGCUACGGGGGGCUCCUGGACACAGACAAGCCCAAAGCCCUCAACACCAUUACCAAGGCAUCAAACGGUAGUUGCUGGUCCCAGACGGAGGUGAAGCAGGAAGAGGGCGUGGUGUGUGGCGGGGGCGGGGCCCAGGACAGCAGUGGGCAGCGUCAGCAGUGGCAGAUCAACCUGCUGGACCACAUAGACGCGGUGCAGGACGACGUCACACACAGGAUGGACUUCAUCGAGAGGGAGCUCGAUGUGCUGGAGAGCUGGCUGGACUACACGGGAGAGCUGGAGCCCCCAGAGCCCCUGGCCCGGCUGCCUCAGCUCAAACAGCGAGUCAAGCAGCUGCUCGCCGAGCUGGGCAAGGUGCAGCAGAUCGCGCUGCGCUGCGCCACGUGAGGGCGCCAGAGAGCAGGGCCUCGGACCGCAGCGCCACCAUCCCACACACCGUGCUCAGCAACCAGACAAUGCAGAGGAAACCCUGAGAUGAACGUUCACUGGUCUGCGAUUACAAGGGUUGGAGGGAGGAGAUGCGUGGGGGGGGGA